UAAAGUUUAUAUUUUAUAAAAACACGACGAAAAUGCCGCUUUCAAUCCGAAGCCUAACAAAACAUGUCAACAUGGCGGCUUGCAUGACUGAGAACGGUUCAGAAAGAAAACUUGAAUUCUUUUUAAAGGUACCUUUCCCAUCCGAGAGAGAGGCAACUAUCGCCCUGCAGUCUCUAUCUCCUGAUCCUGAACCCAGGAAAGGAGGAAUCACUAAAAACCUGGAUUUAUCAGGACAAACGCUGUCUGUGAGAUGGACCGCAGAUGAAGCUCGUAUUCUUCGUGUUUCUGUAAGUUCAUUCUUGGACCAUUUGUGUCUGGUGAUGGAAACUAUGGAUGUAUUUGGACCGCCUGUUUCACAAUGACACUCCGAGAGACAAAUAAAAGCAUAAAGAGGAGAGAUGUCCAAGAGAAUCAUCAUCUGCCAUGUGUUCAAGUAUGGACUGCGAAGACUCAAAAAGCAUAAAGAAUUAGCUUUUGCUCUGUUUGAGAAGUGCAGCACUUCAUAAUGUCUCAAGUCAAUUGUUUUGAGUUGUGUUAAAGGAAUAGUUUACCCAAAAAUUUAACUUGAAACUGAAAAAUUACUCACCUUCAGGCUGUCCAAGAUGUAGACGAGUUUGUUUCUUUUUUGAAACAGAUUUGGAGAAUUUUAGUAUUACAUCACUUGCUCACCAAUGGAUCUGCUGCAGUGAAUGGGUGCCGUCAGAAUGAGAGCCCAAACAGCUGAUAAAAACCAUCACAAGAAUCCACACAACUCCAGUUCAUCAAUUAAGUGUGUUUGUAAUAUUGUUCUCUCCAGUGGAAAAGUGAAAUACGCUCAGAUCAGUUUACAAGCAAAUACAGUCCAAAACAGUUCUAAAGAAAUAUGAGAAUCCUUUGAAUUCUGAUGCAAGAGGACAACAGGGACAGUUAAUUAGAUUAUUGUGAUGUCUUUAUCAGAUGUUUGGACUAUCAUUUUGACAGCACCUAUUAACUGCAGAGAAUCCAUUGGUGAGCAAGUGAUGUAAUGCUACGUUUGUUCUGAUGAUCUUGGAUGGCUUGAGGGUGGGUAAUGUUUGUGUGAACCGUUCCUUUUAAGUUUUUUUUGGUGUAACAGAAGCCAAAACACAAGAUCCAGUGUUUUGUCAUUUGAAUAAAGAUUUAUUAAUAGAGCAUUGUUGAUGAGAGAUGAUUUAACAGUGUUCAAGGAAAGGUGUUUGUUUUAUAAAAGAGGGACAAAUGUGUUUCUAUUGGCAGACAUCACUAAGAGUUUUUAAAUCGUAAUCAUCUACAAUACUGAUUGACAGAAAUAAAGACAUUUAAAAAAUCACAUGGAUUCAAGGGAUGUCAGGACUCGCUCUUCAAUUUCAGCUUUCCUUCACAUUUUGUGCCUUUAUUUGACCUACAUCAUACCCAUAAUUUGGUCAGUGAGAUGAGCCGUUAGAAAUGUCUACUACAUGAACAUAGAAACAUAAAAAUAAACUGUAAACCGAGUAAUUAAACAGUAUGAGGUCAAGACAGGAAUUAAUCAUUAAUUUUACAUUCAUCCAUUAAAACUGGGGAAACGCUUUCAUUUGAAGUGAAAGGAAUCGUGUUGCAUUGUUAAAAUGAUUGCACUUAAUACUUCGUGAGCUCCCAGAUCCCCAAAGCAUUCAUUCGACACCACCAGCGUUCCUGUACUGAAGACUGUACCGUGUAGGUGGGUCUCCUUAGGCACAGACUUUGACUAUUUCUUUCUAGCUUUGGCAGCUCUUAAAUUCUGCUGAAGAUUUGAUAUUGUGACAUGCUGGGCUGUUUAUUUUGAAUGUGUGUGUGGUUUCUAGCUAAAGAAUCGAUUUAAGUUUAGCAUAUUAAAGGAUUUGGCAAAAUAAAGGAAUUUCAAGGAAGUGUGACUGCUUCUACAUCUUAAAAAAAAAGAAAAAAAAAAAGUAAAAGGCACAGACAGACAUAUAAACAGGAGACCA